UGUGCCCGGACAAUCUAUCUUAACUUCAUCUCUCCCUAAUCCAGGAUUAACAGUCGGUCCCAGUACAAAACGUAGAUUACACGCGUCGUGUGGAAUUCGAGUCCCUCCGAACCCUGUGUUUGUCAACGAAGAAGAAGAGGAGGGGGGUAGGAGGGAGGAACUUCGGCUUUACCGGUCAGCUCGUCUAACGUCCAUUCCAGGGGAGAUUGAAUUCGAAUCCCAACACGCCGACCGACAUCUCCUCCAUCCCCGAGGUCUGGCGAUGGAGUCUGAUCCUGAGCGGCCCACUCUAUCCUCUCUCGGAAAGGAGGGGAAGUCGUCGGGCGAGAUUGGUGAAGCUCAGGAGCCUCUGAUCAAUGGCACUCACGGGAUUCCAGAAAACUACUCUGUUGCUGCUGCAGUUCUCCCAUUUCUAUUCCCUGCUCUUGGAGGACUGCUGUAUGGUUAUGAUAUCGGUGCCACUUCUUGUGCGACCAUUUCUGUCGAGUCAGCCACAUUGAGUGGGAUAACAUGGUAUGACUUGUCUUCUGUACAGAUUGGUCUCAUUACUAGUGGCUCUCUAUAUGGGGCUUUGAUUGGCUCUGUUGUGGCCUUCAAUAUCGCCGACUUUCUAGGGAGAAGAAGGGAACUUAUUCUGGCUUCAGUCCUGUAUCUCGUUGGAGCUCUUGUAACAGCAUUAGCGCCGGAUUUCGCUGUUAUGGUGGUUGGGCGCUUUGUGUUCGGUAUAGGAAUUGGACUGGCUAUGCACGCUGCUCCUAUGUACAUUGCUGAGACAGCUCCAACUCCGAUACGUGGUCGGCUUAUAUCUCUCAAGGAGUUCUUUAUUGUUCUUGGGAUGGUUGCAGGAUAUGGGAUCGGUUCCCUCUUAGUUGAUAUUGUUGCCGGGUGGCGUUACAUGUAUGGAGCUAGCACUCCUUUGGCAGUUAUAAUGGGAAUAGGAAUGUGGUGGCUGCCAUCAUCACCUAGAUGGCUACUAUUGCGCGCCAUACAGGGCAAAGGCAACAUGCAGGAACUGAAAGAAAAUGCCAUAAAUUGUUUGCGCCGGCUUAGGGGCCCAGUUAUUGGUGAUUCUGCCCCAGAGCAAGUUAAUGAGGUCAUGGAAGAGCUUGCGUACGUUGGAGAAGAAAAACAAGUUACGUUCAGUGAAAUGUUCCGGGGGAAAUGCUUGAAAGCUCUUACCAUUGGUGCUGGAGUUGUCUUGUUCCAGCAGAUUACAGGGCAACCUAGUGUGCUUUAUUAUGCAGCGUCGAUCCUUCAGAGUGCAGGGUUCUCUGCUGCAUCUGAUGCAACACGGGUGUCCAUUCUUUUAGGACUCUUGAAGCUCAUAAUGACGGGUGUAGCUGUUCUUGUUGUUGAUAGAGUCGGAAGGAGACCCUUACUGCUUGGGGGCGUUUCAGGGAUGUUUGUCUCUUUAUUCCUUCUUGGAUCAUACUACCUUUUCCUGGAUGAUGUACCGGCCGCUGCUGUUGUCGGUUUGCUCUUAUAUGUUGGUUGUUAUCAGUUAUCUUUUGGACCUAUAGGUUGGCUGUUGAUUUCGGAGAUUUUCCCUUUGCGCCUAAGAGGGCGAGGACUCAGCAUUGCCGUGCUCGUGAAUUUUGGUGCAAAUGCAUUGGUGACUUUUGCAUUUUCUCCUUUAGUGGAAUUGCUGGGAUCUGGAAUCUUGUUCUAUGGAUUUGGAGUGAUAACUCUGGUGGCCCUACUGUUCAUAUUCUUCAUCGUGCCGGAGACCAAGGGGCUCACUCUUGAGGAAAUCGAGGCAAAAUGCUUAUAGAAUCUUUCUGGGAGAUCUAUCUAUAUCUAAGUGUUCCUACCAGAUAUUGUUUAUGCAGGGAAGGAGCGUUGGAGUGUGACCCGAAAUUGGUUGUAUAUUUUGGGGAAGUUUCUUUUCUUCUUUUGAACGUUAAAACGUCCAUCUGCACUUUUUCAGGAUGCAGUCACACUUGCUAUUAAGCCGGUGUUAGGCACAGUUUCCAUAUCAAAAGUAGAUGUACUAAAACUCUUGGGGUCAUUGUAUAAUUGAUUAGGUGAUAACGCCAAGUUCUUC